AUGGCCUCAAUCCUAGACUAUCUUUCCCCCACCGACCUCAUAUCCGUUGCAAGAACGUCAAAGAAAAUGCUCGAGAUGGUAUACGAUGACACAAGAUGGGUCAGAUUUCUAAGGCAGAUAGGAUGUUGGAACGAGGCGGAAGCAAGGAGUGCGGCAGAGGGCUCUGAAAAGGACGCUGACCGCCCACAUGGCGGGAAAACACGCUCCAGGCCUACAACAGCUGGAUUGGAUUCCAGCAAGUCUAAUGAGAACAUUACUGACACCAGCGGAUUUGACAUCGUUGAAUUCAAUGCCGAGGUUGAAGCUGAAAUCACAGGCCCCUUGGCUGCGCUCCGAGAUGCUCGGUCGACUCGAGGUAGAGCGAGGGAAGAGUACGGGAAAAUUCACGAGUCUCUAAACCCCUACUACCAGGAUAUCAUAAAAGCGGAGAACCCGACUGAUUCCUCGGUUUUUAAGUCCUAUGAUAAGCCUGAACAGCAAGCCUUGCUAUUGUCAGAGCUAAACCAUUUCUCGAUUGUUGAUAUGGGCCUUGGGUCUACGGAGCGAAGAAAGAAGUUGACUAAUGUUAUAUCCGUAUUUGAGAGGGUUGCUUUACGAGAGUUCAAGAACGGUUAUGAGAACGGGAAUUCUGAGGAUAUAAUGCCACGUUAUGCGCAAGUUUUAACGACCCUUAAUGGAGGGGCGGCAGCUGUUGAGUUAUUGAUUUAUCAAAAUCAUAUAAUCAAACAGAAAGCAGAUUUUGGAAGUCCCAUGGAUGGAUUCGAUGCAGAUACAGGCACAGUGUCCCUCGAUCACACUCAUGCUUUCUUGACUAGGCUCAGUGUGGCCUUCAACGAGGAGGCAACUUACAUAAAUCGAUGUUUUCCCAACGGUCCAAACGUAUCGUCCUUAUUUCUGGAAAAGAUAUGUAAAGAUAUACUAUCUCCAUACUUUCUUCCUUUGCUCGACCUUCUUCAAUCUACGAAUAAGGCAGCUUACAUUCAGACACUGCCGGGAACAUUCGCCCAAUCAUUGAACUUUAUCCGAGAGCUGAACCCAAUCCAGGUGUCCAGUGAUAAAUUUAAGGAACUAGCCCGGGAGGCUAUCGAACGAACUUUUGAGCCUCACGUUGACCUGUACCUUGCAGAAGAAUUGGACCAAUUUCGAUUACACUCAGAAUCAAUCGUUGGAGAUUGGGAUAGACAGCUCUCUGAACAAGCCGCUAGUACGGAAUCACUAUACAUGUCCAAUAUACAUAACCGGCAGGCCGAUAAACGAGACUUCCUAAGCUCGUUUACUAAAGUGAUAAUGGCCCCAGUGAAUAUGAUCCCGGGUUUAUAUAAAAGUACAGAGUCAAAAAAGGGCGGGGCUAACAAGGCCGUGGCUAAGUCUACACAAUCGUCUAGUCGUUCAUCUGUCAUCCUUGCUCCGCCUACUCCUCCCACUCCAGCUGAACUUCCAACGACUGAAUUCGCAGCUAAAGCGGCGAUUAUGAAUUCCAAACUCGAGGGCAUCCGCAGCCUAUUCAGCAUUGAAGUCGCACUGAACCUAGUCCACGCUGCGAAGUCAAGCUUGGAAAGGACUGCACAGUUUGUGGGUCUUAAAGGGGGGUUGGGAAAAGCUGCACAAGCUCAAUGCGAGGCUAUCUUUGUCUCACUGCUUGAUAGUCUGGGCCAUCGCCAUGUCAUUGCUGGUUUUGAUAGAGCUGUCAAUCAUCUGUCAGAAUACCGUCCUCGCAAACAGGCUGAACAGGAGAAAUCCGGUGUAGAGCCCCUUGUUACUUUUCUGGAGCUAGUUAACGUCGGAGACUUGAUUCUCCAGAUGUUAGACGUAUUUUAUGAACAGGAACUGGUUGCUGCUGGCUUGACUGACCGGAAUGAUUUCCUUGACCCCGCUGUGAAGGGGAAACGGAAAUUUGAACAGAAACUCGAUGAGCGCGUUGCUGCAGGGCUAAAUAAGGGAAUUGAUGUGUUGGUGGAGGAAGUGGAACAUCUUCUAGCCACCAAACAAUCGAUUGGAGAUUUUCAUCCCGAAGCAGUUGACGCAUCACAGAGAACAGCCGAUAUUGGCCCAAGUGAGGCUGCCAAAGCCAUUGUACAGGUCAUUUCGUCCCACACGAGAAUGCUUGUUGGUGGAACGGACAAAAGCACAUUAGAUGUGUUCAACCAGGAAAUUGGUCUUCGCCUUUUCAAUGCACUUUGUAAACACAUAAAGCGGCAUCGAAUCAGCAUAGAAGGUGCUGUCAAACUUAUAAGUGAUAUGAACCAUUACUUUGGACUCAUCCAGUCCAUGAGAAACGAACAGCUGCUCCUUUAUUUCAAAGCCCUAAGAGAGCUAUCUCAGGUGUACCUAAUUGAUACCUCGGACUCGAAGGAGAUAGCUUCUAUUAUCUCAGACGCCAGCCGUUUUCAUGGAAUCUUCCGUGCUGAAGAGGCCUAUGAACUUGCUGAACGACGAGCUGACUGGUACCAAGUCAAAAACAGUGUUGAGAAAGCCAUGUAUGGCGUUGGAUGCUCUGUGAUGUGA